UAUUUAUGUUAUUACGGCUUUCGUUCUAUGGUAGCUGGUGUUAAGUUUGCAUUAUCCUGAUCAGAGUUUUUGGUGUUGAUACCUGUAGUGAAGACUGUUUAUUUGAACAACUUAAACUGCAUGGAAAGAUAUACGUAAACUGGAACGUUUCAAACAUCGUCUGUACGGCCAUCUUGUCAUGCAGGAUGUUAAGAUUGAGAUUGUUCGAUGACGUCAUUUCCGGAUUCGGUGACGACUGCAAAGUUGGCCCUGCUGAACUUGAGGCUGUGCUAACGCCUGGAGGAAAGGGAAACAACGCUUUCAGCAUGGCAGACGACCAUGGACAAGACACACCUUUAUCGAUUGAAAUUUCCGUAAAACCGAUGAUACGACGUAGUGGUGCGUUUGACGUCAGACGCGGCCUCUUCUCCGGAAAGCGCUCGGCUGACGUAGACCUAACAGCAUCACCAAUACAUGCAGUCAAAAAGGCCAAAGACGUUACUGGCAUAACUCCCAAAUCCAACGAACGUUUAACAAACGGGAUCAUCAGCGCGGUCGAAACGCUUGAUAUCGGAAAUGACAUGAUCGCUGAUGGGUCAAGUAAAUACUCACUUCCAACAAUUUCCGGAAAACACAGUGACCUUACGGCCAUUUCCCCGGAAGUGAUGGCUGACGUCAUUCGUGGUUGCUUCAGUGACGUCAUUGGUGACGUGACCAUAGUGGAUUGCCGUUACCCGUACGAGUUCGAGGGCGGGCACAUCAGAGGCGCUGUAAACUUGUAUACGAAAGAUGAGGUCAACAGCUUGCUUCAGAAACCAGUAGCUGACGGCAAGCGUCACGUGCUGAUCUUCCACUGUGAAUUCUCAUCAGAAAGAGGGCCUAAGAUGUACCGGUUCCUGCGCGCGCAAGAUCGGAUGUUAAACAGCGACAGGUACCCACGUCUCAACUUCCCGGAAGUGUACCUACUCCAUGGCGGAUACAAGGCCUUCUUCAACAAGUAUCAGGACCUAUGUGAUCCGAUCAGUUACACACCCAUGUUGCAUGAGAAUCACGCGGCCGACCUACGUCACUUCCGGGUGAAAUCUAAAUCCUGGACGGGGGAGGACGGCAAUCAGAAGACAAGUAGACGGCACCGCAGUCGUCUUUGCCGCCAUCUUAGUCUCUGACCGCUUCAUGCACUUAAAGUCACUUGAUGAAGCAGUAUAUUUUCAAUGAUGUCAUUACUCACGGUGACGUCAUCACCGAAAAUGGAACUAGCGUGGCGCGUUUCAAAUUGAUUACGGAGAAAAAUCACGAGGGCGACGAUUUUUCACUAACAUACCAGAGCGCUUUAUUUGCGCCAGUUAACGGUUAUACAGUUUUGUGUUAUAUUGAAUUUUUUUUAAUUGUUUAAAACUGUUUCACAAAAAUGCAAAACGAAGUAACCGAACGUUUGUUGGAGGAAUAGGCCAGGGGAAAGUGCAAUAUUAUUUGAACCUGAGAAGAUUACGUCAUUACACUGACCGGCAGUUUUAUAUCGAAACCAUACACUUACAUGUACAUGUGUUCAAAUCCUGUUGUUGAUAAAAUUGUAUAUACAUUACAUUAUAAUAUGAAUUACUAAU